GAUACCAUGCGCGCGCGCACGUACCAGUUGUUCAUAAUACCAUUAUCAUCACAACGUUCCAUAUUUAAAACGAAAUCUUGAAUGAAAAGUGUGUUUCUAAGUUAUUCCAAAGUGAUAGACGGUUAUGUUUGAAUGAAUAGUGCGUUCUGAAAGUUAUAUUCAAGUGUUUUCAAUCGGCAUUGUUAUUUUAAAGCAGUUUAAUUGAUAUGAAAACGUACGAUAUUUAAAAGGAAAAUUGUUGAAAUAAAAGUGGUUUUAUCUAAUUUCAAAGUAGUUUAAUAUCUGGAAUCUCGUUAGAAGUUUAAAUUUAUAAGUGUGGUACACUUUUCUGUUAACAGUUGUUUUAUAAAAUCUUGAAUGAAAAUUGGGUGCUAUUAAAUUAAUUUUCUAUCCGAAAAUCUAUUAGAAGUGAUAUUUUAUGAAAAGUGUGGUGCACUUUCCUGUGAAAGUGUUUUAGAAGUGAAAUGGUGCGUACGUAUAGGGUUGUCACUUGUUUCAAGAUGCCAAAAAGGUCGAAAGUGAAUCCCGCCCCUAGCGGCGAAGGGGUGUUCACCAUUGACAUGUCUUCUACUUCUACAUUGGAUAUUGCUACGGUAUCGGAACAGCGUGCGCCUGCGCCGGCUGAGAUGCAGGCCCGGCACGGCCUCUUGUGGCAUUUGCUCAUCGACCUUCCCAUACUACUACUUGUGGCAGCAGUAUGCAUCCUUCUAGAAGUAGGCGCGAUACCGAGCAGACGCAGCGGGUUCCGAUGCAACGACCCGGAUCUCUCUUUUCCGCAUACGGGAGAUACUAUGUCCAUCUCCCUCAUCGCGGCGAUUACCGUCAUCAUACCGUAUAUCAUUAUCUGGACAAUUGAGACGAUCCUCCACCGGGAUGACGAAUAUUCUAUAAAGAAGAACAAACUCCUCGACAGCGCGAAGACAGCCGGGUUUAUAUAUAGAGACUAUAUAUACGGUGCGGUGGUCAAUCUAACCGUGCUUGAGGUGCUGAAAUGUGUGGUUGGAUCUCCGAGACCUACGUUCUUCGAUUUGUGCGAGCCUGAUAGAGCGAGGACCUGCAAUGGAUCAGAGUACGUGCGCAGCUACACGUGCACGUCGACGCGCUACUCGCGGUACCUGCAGAUCGACUCCAGCAGAAGCUUCCCCUCUGCGCACACUUCCCUGUCCAUCUACUGCGGACUCUUUUUAGCGUGGUACCUCCAAAGACGAGCGUUCAGCUGGCACAACCGCUCCGUGCUGGUGGUGCCGCUACUCCAGGUGCUGUGCGUCAUCUACGCGCUGACCUGCCCGCUCACCAGGAUCACUGACCACCGACACCACUGGUGGGACGUGCUGUCUGGAGCUGUGAUGGGACUCUGCAGUGUUGUGUACACGGUGCUAGUUCUGUGCAAGAACUUCUCUCAGCCUGCCGUGGUCAGCACGAGUGACAUAUCCAGCAGUGACGGCAACAACAGUCAGUCAGUACGACGGCUGCUGGCCAGUGGACCACGGGUCGUCGUGCCAUAGCCACAAGCUGUGUAAGGCUCAUCAGCCUUGGACUUACAGUUUUGUGAACACUUGAUGUGACAAAUACAGUUUGGUGAAAGUGUUGAUAAUGUGACUACUGAAAAUGAAUUUAGAAAGGAUGAGAUUAGAAAAAGGCAAAAUAUAAACGUUAAAGUCUUUGCGAAUGUAUAAAAUAGAACAUGACUGAUAAAAAUUAUAAAGACCAAGAAAACGAAAAAUACUUAAUGACUCCAAUAAAAUGCAAAUAAAAAGUGUCUAAUACGUAUAAAACAUAAUUAAAAGUCAAAUAGAAGAAUCUAAAACGAAUUAGUUGUAAAAUUAAAGGACAGAAAAAAAUUACGAAGAAAAAGGGGAGCGCUGAAUGAAUAUGCCAAUUUGCAUUCGUGUUUAUAAUAAUCUGCAAGAUAAAAAGAAACUUUUGAAGAUUCAGGAAUAGAUGGAUCGCGCCACGCAAAUUUUUCGAUUUUAUUUGAUAUAAAAUGAGUGGCAAAAAAAUUGGUUGUCUGUAAAGUCGGUUUACUGA